AAUAUCUUACAGUAUUUAGUGCAUAAACCAAACAAUCACAUCUAUUUUCCUCUCUUUUCCUUUGUGCUCAUAGCUAACGUUCAGGGUGCCUCUGCCGACAGUUUGAUGAGUGUUCCCAAUGAGAAGGCCUUGGUGAAGAAAGAGAAGCUGAGGGAUGUGGUGGGAAACGACAAGUGGGAAAUCAAUAACAGCCUGGACGAGAAGAACAAGCCCCGCCCGGCGAAGGACAUUGCGAGGGACGCCUGUGCGAGGGUCGGUCAAACGCUGCCCUACAACGUUAUUAAAAAGAACUGUGAGCACUUUGCCAACGAUCUGCGCUACGGAAAAGCAAAGUCCAUGCAGGUCGGUUAAGACUCUUUUUUUUUGUAAAAAUAAA